AUUUUGUAUUUCUUUGUUUCUAGUAGAAGAAAAACACUGACAUCCUCGCAUUCGCGUAGCGAUGCGCAUCAGUAUUAGGUCGCACACGUAGUUUCCCUCGAGUGUUAAAAAGUUACUGGAAUCUAAAGGGUGGAGAAUGAAGCGGCGCAAUGCGGACUGCAGCAAACCCCGUCGCCCGUUAAAACGGAACCGAAUCACCGAGGGUAUUCACAGCAGUACCUUCCUGUACCUGAAGUUCCUGGUCGUUUGGGCGCUGGUUCUGCUGGCUGAUUUCGUGCUGGAGUUCCGGUUUGAGUACCUGUGGCCUUUCUGGCUUUUCAUCAGAAGUGUUUACGAUUCCUUUAGAUACCAGGGAUUGGCGUUCUCUGUGUUUUUUGUGUGUGUCACGUUCACAUCAGACAUCAUCUGCCUCCUGUUCAUCCCCAAGCAAUGGCUGUUCUUUGCUGCCAGCACGUAUGUCUGGGUACAGUACGUGUGGCAUACAGAGCGAGGUGUGUGUCUGCCCACUGUCUCUCUCUGGAUUCUUUUCGUCUACAUCGAAGCAGCCAUACGAUUCAAGGAUCUGAAGCACUUUCAUGUAGACCUUUGCCGCCCAUUUGCUGCUCACUGCAUCGGCUAUCCAGUGGUGACGCUGGGCUUUGGCUUCAAGAGUUACGUGAGCUAUAAGAUGCGUCUACGCAAACAGAAAGAGGUGCAGAAGGAGAAUGAGUUCUACAUGCAGCUCCUCCAGCAGGCCCUUCCUCUAGAUCAACAGAUGCUCCAGAGACAAGAGAAGGACACAGAGGAGGCAACCUCCAAAGGCAUGCCUGAAGCGGACUCUGUGCUGGUGGCUCAGAAUGGCACUGCUGUUACCAAGAAACUGCCCACCUCUCUGCCAGAACUAGAGUACAAAGACAAGGGCAAAGAUGGCGGAAAGGACAAGAAACAGCAGCAGCAGCACAGCAUAGGAAUAAACAACAACAUUCUACAGACUGUGGAUUCAAAGCUACAGGACAUUGAGUAUAUGGAGAACCACCUAAACGCUAAGAGACUCAACAACGAGCUCAACGGCAGUGCCGAGAACCUGUUCCUCAAAGAGGAAGGGGGAGGGGGUGGCUCUGCCCCCUCUAAGCAUUACAAAAACUCCUCCCUCCAUAGCCCCAAUACCAAUGGCAGCAUUCCAUCUUCCUUAUCCAAUAGGAGUGAAAAGAAACAGAAGUGUGCAGGGAAGAACCUUGCGCCUCACAGAGAUCUGAUGGAGAAUUGUAUACCUAACAACCAGCUCAGUAAGCCAGAUGCAUUAGUGCGACUUGAGCAGGACAUCAAGAAGUUGAAGGCAGACCUGCAGGCGAGCAGACAGGUGGAGCAGGACCUGCGCAGUCAGAUCAGCUCUCUGAGCAGUGCCGAGAGGAGCAUGCGCUCUGAGCUGGGACAGCUUCGCCAGGAAAAUGAGUUACUGCAGAACAAGCUUCAUAAUGCUGUGCAGGCCAAGCAGAAGGACAAGCAGAUGAUUGUUCAGCUGGAGAAGAGGCUGAAGGCGGAACAGGACGCACGAGUGGCCGUGGAAAAGCAGCUUUCAGAAGAGAAGAAGAGGAAAAAGAUUGAAGAGGCCACAGCCGCACGUGCUGUCGCUCUGGCUGCUGCGUCCAGAGGGGAGUGCACAGACUCACUGAGGGCUCGCAUACGUGAGCUGGACUCCGAGUGCAAGAAGCUCACACACGACACAAAGCUAAAGGAGGAGCAGAUCAGAGAGCUGGAGCUCAAAGCACAAGAGUUGCGCAAGUAUAAGGAAAAUGAAAAGGACACUGAGGUUCUUAUGUCAGCACUGUCAGCCAUGCAGGACAAGACCCAACACCUCGAGAAUAGUCUGAGUGCUGAGACCCGAAUCAAAUUGGAUCUCUUCUCAGCUCUUGGAGAUGCCAAGAGACAGCUGGAGAUUGCUCAAGGUCAGAUUUUGCAGAAGGAGCAGCAGAUAAAAGAUUUGAAACAAAAGAUUGCAGAGGUCAUGGCGGUCAUGCCCAGCAUCACUUACUCGUCCGAGACCAACAACUUGACUCCUGUCACUCCACACUACUCUUCCAAGUUCAUGGACACCAGUCCAUCCAGCUUGGACCCCAAUGCCUCCGUCUACCAGCCUCUCAAGAAGUGAAUGUCCAAACAUCCUCCACUUUGCUCCAUAAUUUGUCUAAAAUUUCAGUAUGCAAACUAAUGGAAUGGGGUUGUAUUUUUUGUUUGAUGUAACCCCUCCUCUGUUAGUAUGACUCUUCUUUGUUAGUGAUUUAAGUGGAGUAUAGGAGGAGCUAAAAGAAAAAGAAGUUAAAAAAGGGAUACCACAUUGACCAGAACUGCCCUCCUUAUAUUUAAUGGGAUAGUUCACACAAAAAUUAAUAUUUUGUCAAUAUUUUGUUCCAAACCCAACAUUUUUCUUCUGUGGAACACAACAGAUGUUAGGCAGAACAGCUAGAUGUAAUGACACCCUUAGUCGCGAAUCACUUUCAUUAUUUAGAAAGAAAUGAUGCAAUAAGAAGUAAAUGGUGACCGAGACUUAUGUACUUGCCUUACAUCUCCUUUUUUGUUCCAUGGAAGAAAGUGGUAUUGGGUUUGAAACAACAUGAGGGUUAAGAAAGGCUGAUGGAAUUUUCAUUUUUUGCUAAACUAUACCUUUAAGUUUAUUUUUUAAACUCUUACUCCCAAAAUCUUUACUUGGGUAUGGCACUUCAGCCUGUUGUGGUACUUUUGUUGUCCUACACCCUUUUUGUGAGGCCUUUUAUGAAGACCUUAUUGGAUUUUAUUAGUACCUCCUCAUCUUUGUCUUGCAUAUAAGUAUUUUUAUGUGCCAGAAUUGGUGGCAUGACUUUCUUUACCUCUCUCAUACAAAUAUACCAUCUUUAAGUUUAUUGAAUGUAAAAAGAAAGGAAAAAUGUAUUGUAAUGAGAAGAAAUUAUUUGUGAUGGAAACUAUUGUGUUAAGUGCGAUGGAGUGGUUGUUUAAGAAUGUGUUUUAGUUAAAUUAUGAACCUAGUAUUGUAACUGUCUUUUUUUUGUCGGUGUGAGAAGUGUUUCAUUACUAACAUAGAAUCUGAAUUGGAUAUUUGUUGGUGUUCCUCCUGAAGCUGAUUUAUACGUUCCUACUUUGUAUUUCCAAGAUGGUGAGGACAUAAAAGAAAAUCCACAUGUUUAAGAAGGGACUGAUCCUCACAAUGUAUUUGUUGACAAUAUGCUGCAUAAAUAUUUUGGGAAUGUUGUCGUAUUUUGCAGUCAAUGCAAGUCCUUUUUGUUAAUGGACAAAUUUGAAAUAGAAUUUAGUUGAAAACAGUUGCACAGCUGAACAGAUGAUGUUUUGUUAACUGUUAUUUGCCAGUUAUGUUACACAGUGCCUUGAAAUAUCUUGUUUAAUAUAUUCUCUCACACACCUCCCAUGCCAUGUCAAGCCACACCUGAUUUGAUUUGAUUGGGCAACAUAACACAUGACCCAUUUCUUUCCCCAGUGUGGCAUUUAAUAUCAGCUGCCUUUUUGUUGCCAUGUGCGUUGUAGGUAAAAGUCAAACUGGCAUGCUCAUUCUUAUCCACUAGUUAACAAUGGCCCUGCUAUGCCUCUAAUUUCCAAGGCUUUGUUGCUGAAUGUUUUAUUUUGGUGAAAUGUACCCAUUUGUCCUCCCCCCCAAUUUCAUUGAGGAUAAUGCAACCUGCAUACAUUGGUGAAUGCACUAGAAAUGUGUCACUUUCAUAGUGGCAUUAUUGCUGUUAUUGGAUAACCUGUAAAUCAGUCUAUUAAUGCGUCAUUACAAAGAUUUUCCUAGUUGUUUUCAAAUGUUUAAGAUUUGUGUCAUAAUGCAGGCAGAAUAUGCUUGUUUGAUUUAAGUCCUUGUUUUAAAACAGUGAUUUUUUUUUUAUUUCAUUUGUCUACCUUGGGAAAGUAUUAUGUGGAUUGCAUUGGUGUUUAUAUGGUAAACUUUGUGGAGAGUAAAGAAUAAGCUUUUGUUUGUCAUUGUUUGAUUUUUUUGGUAAAAUAACAAAUCGAAAUAUUGUGAAUUGUGAAGACUGUGAAUGCGUGCGCGAUCUUAAACACUCCACAAUG